UUUUUCAGCCAAAUGAAUCAAUGAUUGCUUGGGUUUAGUUUAGGACGUCCCUGUGACUGAUAAUAAUGGAUUAUAGGAAUUUAACGGAGCCGGUGGUGAAUACGGCGAUGUGGCAAGUGGCCCAACGAGGGGAUAUAAUGGGAUACGGGAAGCUGGAAGAGUUUGUGACAUUUAUUACAGAGACGGUUCCAGAGCUGCUCAGUUUCAGACAGAGAACCCAGCUCAUGUUGGGCUUACGAGCAAAGUUGGUUUUGGAGUUGUGCCGCACGGAGCAGACAGCAGGGCUUCAGAGCCAUCUGGACAGGAUCCACGCUGCAAGAUCACAUCCGGGGGAUCCAGACUUUUGUUGUGCAGAAGCGGAAGCCUCUAAAUCAAAUUUCCUUGCACUGGUACAAACUCUUAUCCAAGACCCAGUUGAGAGGGAACAUUUCUUCCAGGAAGUGUUUCCUGUAGACUAUGGACCCAAGUAUGACUCUGCCCUGCAAGGAUUAAUGUGGGAGUUUCUCUCCAGGCUGGAGCAGCUCCUUCCAGUACCAGACCUCAAACAGACAGUGUCUUGGCUCAAUGCUGGACCCUCUAUCUUGGAAGAGUGUGUCAACUCUCUAUCUCAGCCUCUGCAGUUGAAGACUCUACUGCAACAUCAUAGAGAACUAGGAUAUUUGGACACCAAUGCAACUUCUUCCUCCUCUGCUGGCGACUGCAUCUUCUCCUCUCUGUCUCUCACUCCGGUAGUGGUGGUGGCCACUAGAAAGACAGAAACAGAGAUCCAAUCAGAGUUGAUGGAUGGUUGUAUGGACCCAGCCUUAUAUGGUGAAGAGAUGGAAACAGAGUCUGUAGUAGUGACUGAAUAUGCAGAAGUGGAGCUGGGGACCUGUACAUACACCAGAGAGGAAAGGGAGUUUAGUAUAGAGAAGACUGAGUCACAGAACCAAAGAGACAGUCAGGCUGACUUGAAUGGGGAAGAGCGGGAGAUGGUAGCCAAUGCAAGCGAGGAAGAACGUCAAGAGGGAGAAGUGGAGGUUAUUUGUGAGGAAGUGGGGCAUCCGAACGGAGACGCUGAGCUUGUUUCAGAGAAAACCAGUGCCAUGAACAUAGAGGAAGCCGUUUUCUGCGCAGAGGUGGGGGAUGUGUGUGUGGAUCUGGAGUCAAUGAAUAGAGAGGUGGAAAUGAUUUAUCAGGAGGAGGAGCAUGUUGAACAUCCGGAGUUAGUUGGGCCUAUAUGUGCAGAGAAUACAAUUGACAGACCGUCCAACCACUAUGAGAACCCACAUGAAGAAAAUGAUUUCACAGAGGAGGGGCUUGAGAAGGAUGAGCAGGAGAGAAAUGAAGCUGGUUAUGUCCCCCAAACUGUCACGGAUCAAGGAAGUUCCCAAUGUACGCCACAAGAAGUAAUGAACCAGCCAGAACUGGUCCCAUCCUGUCUGCACCAAAAACCCACAUUAGGGUUCCAGAGACUGGACGUCAGUGUCCUGCCUCUCCAAAUGUCCUCCAACUCUCAACCAUUGAGAAGAAACACAAGACUCCAGAUGAAGACCGUGGGAUCAAGAGGUCCCAAUGGAGGGCAGCUCAAGGCAUUGGAGGAGGCUAAUGGGACCUGCGGUGUCCCUUUAUACCUGUCUCCAGACCCAAGGGAAGACUCUGAAGACCUCAGCGCCACUUCUGACAGCUCCACAAUGAAUGGAAAUAAAGGUGGGACGGUGGAGGCUCCUCUCUUGUCUUCGCCUGCUCUCAGUCCUCUUUUAACCAUGCUGACGAGGUGA